UCAGUGGUAUCAAGAAGAUAGUUGAACGGGGUAGUGAGACGUUGAGAAAGAAGAUAGGUGCUAUAUUGGUUAAUUUGAUGUGCAGGAAGAAACAUGUGUCCAGUGUUUAAAUUUGUGUAGUUGUAUGCACAAAUAUUUGGAGGGCAAUUAUCAUUUGUUCAACAUGACACCCCCUGUCAUACAUGUAUUGUUUUUUAAGAAUAGAGGUAUUUACUUCAUUAUUUUUUCAUAUUGCUAUUACUUUUUUUAAAGGGAAAAUUGAAAAUUACUCCCUGGGUUCUUUUGGAUUGUUUGUUGCACGCUACUUGUGAUCCCACUAUUAUUACCAGUAGCUAUCUUAAAUCGUUAGUUCUUUUUAGGAGCUUUUGUGGUUGCUGUUCUCAUAGACCUACUUUCUUAGGUUCAUCGACUCGACCGAGAGAGCAGCGGCCUCCUCUUGAUGGGGAGAACAAAAGAAAGUGUAGAUCAUCUUCAGUGGUUAUUUAGUGACAUAAAUAAAGAAAAUUCGUCCUGCAAGGGUUGGAAUGAUGCAUGUCAAGCAACAUAUCGGAGGUAUUGGGCUUUGGUCAUAGGCUCUCCCAGGGAAAAGGAAGGGUUAAUUUGUGCUCCUCUUACAAAGGUGCUCCUUAAUGAUGGGAAGACUGAAAGGGUCAUCUUGGCUCAUCAAUCAGGUUUAGAAGCUUCUCAAGAGGCCAUAACUGAAUAUCGGGUUCUUGGUCCUAUGAUAAGUGGAUGCUCAUGGAUUGAACUACGACCAGUUACUGGCCGGAAGCAUCAGCUCCGCGUUCAUUGUGCCGAAGCUCUUGGCGCUCCGAUUGUGGGUGACUACAAGUAUGGUUGGUUUGUUCACCAGAGAUGGAAGCAAAUGCCUAGGGUUGAUAUUGAGCCAACAACUGGUAAACCGUACAAGUUGCGAAGGCCAGACGGUCUGGAUGUUCAGAAAGGAAGUGUUUUAUCUAAGGUUCCUUUGUUACAUCUGCACUGUAGGGAGCUUGUCCUUCCCAACAUCGCAAAGUUCCUUCAAGUUUUGGAUCAAAACUCAGAAAACCUGCAUCCGGUAGUUAGGUCGAAGCCAGAUCUUCUUCGGUUUGUGGGAUCGAUGCCUUCCCACAUGAAAAUUAGUUGGAAUCUUAUGUCCUCGUAUUUGGUAUAAGAAUUCAGGAAAGUUAAGUGUUUUGUAGAGCCAGAUCUGUGUUACUGUAGAUCAA